AUGAACAUUUUCCUCAUGGCCCUGGGCCUUCUCGGGACGGCAUCCGGCCUGACCUAUACCGAACCAUAUCGUCCUCAAUAUCAUUUCUCCCCUGCCCGAAACUGGAUGAACGAUCCUAGUGGGCUGUUGUAUCACAAUGGCACAUACCAUCUUUACUUCCAGCAUAACCCCGGUGGUAUUGAAUGGGGGAAUUUGUCGUGGGGUCAUGCAAUCAGUCAAGAUUUGACCCACUGGGAAGAGCGCCCUGUUGCUCUACUUGCGCGCGGAUAUCCCAAUAAUGUCACCGAGAUGUACUUUACCGGAAGUGCAGUAGCAGACGUGAACAACACGAGUGGGUUUGGGGUCGAGGGAAAGACUCCCUUGGUCGCCAUGUAUACUUCUAUGUAUCCCAUUGCUCAAGAUUUGCCAAGCGGGAAACAUGUUCGCACAGAGCAGCAAUCUCAGUCAAUCGCCUAUAGUCUCGACGAGGGCGAGACCUGGACAACAUAUGAUGCCGAGAACCCCGUCAUUCACAACCCACCCUCUCCUUAUGCAGCAGAAUUCCAAAACUUCCGGGAUCCCUUCGUGUUCUGGCAUGACGAUACACAGAAAUGGGUCGCCAUCAUAGCUUUGGCUACAGCCCAUAAACUAGCAAUAUGGACUUCUGACAAUCUCAAAGAGUGGUCUUUCGCCAGCGAAUUCGGACCCUACAAUGCUGUUGGCGGCGUGUGGGAAUGUCCCAAUUUGUUUCAAAUGCCCGUCAAAGGACACCCGUCAGCCAAGAAAUGGGUCAUGGUCUUGGGACUCAACCCUGGUGGACCACCUGGCACGGUCGGAUCAGGCACGCAAUACUUUAUUGGCGACUUCAACGGGACAACUUUCGCAGCUGAUCCCGAUAGCAUCUAUCCGGGGAACAAGUCUGCCAACUGGAUGGAUUGGGGUCCGGACUUUUACGCGGCCGCUAGUUAUAAUGGACUUCCUGAUGGAGACGUGGUCCAGAUCGCGUGGAUGAAUAAUUGGCAGUACGUUAGGAUGCUCCCGACAAGCCCUUGGCGAAGCGCCACAUCUAUUCCCCGUCAGUUAUCUUUGAAGAUGGUCAAUAAAAAAGUGACCCUCCUUCAACAACCGCAUCAUAGCUGGCAGGGUGUUGCCAGUCACCAUACCUCGAAGCGUUCCUGGAAAUCGGUAUCGAAAGGAUCAACUAGGCUUCAUUCCCCAGGCAAGGCAUUCAAGCUCAACUUGAGCUUUGAUGAUCAUGACUCCGGCAGUUCUCUGGCCUCUACAUUUGCGAUAGCUGUCCGUGCUAGCUCUGACUUCAAGCAAGAAACACUCAUCGGGUAUAACUUUACCAGCAAAGAAGUCUUUGUGGAUCGGCGAAAUUCGGGAGUUGUAUCUUUUGACAAGACAUUUGCAAGCUUGUAUCACACACCACUGUCAGCGAGCGCGGAUAAACGUAUCAACCUGCAGGUCUUCGUGGAUUGGUCCAGCGUUGAGGUCUUUGGGGGUCAAGGAGAGGUGUCUUUGACGGCUCAGAUAUUCCCAGAGGGAAAUGCAACUGAAGCGCGGUUUGUCUCGGAUGGGGUGACUCGGAAUGUCAGUCUUCAGAUUGAGGGGAUGACUUCGGCGCAUUAA